CCCUCCAUGGAUCUUCCCUCCUACAACAGCCAUAAUGAGAGGGGCAAGUCAACCAAUGAGAAGUUCCUUCCCAGAGCAGAGGUGGUCAGGUCCAAACUCAUCCAGAGCUUCUAUCUGCUGGACCAGUUACAGGAGGAGCAGAGAGGAAGCCCCAAAUACUGCACCAAUGAUGUUUUAGACGAGGAGAACUACACCAGUCUGAUGGGGAAGGACACACAGCAGCUGGUGCGUUUCGAGAUCUCCCCCCAGAGGGGCAGCACCAUCACCAUGGACCGCCGUCGCCAGGGACGACUGGAGAACCUCCAUGCCAACUAUCCGCCCUUGAACAUGUUUGCCCACUGGAUUCUAGAGAGUAAAAUAUUUAUGAAUAUCAUUGUCAUCCUCAUCAUUCUGAACACCAUUGUAUUGGAGAUACAAGCAGCCAACUCAUUGACUGUUGUUGGCUGGACAAGAAGCAGACCUGGCAACCUGACUAUUCUUUCUGCCCAAGAGGUGUUUGACAACAUGGACCCCAAGCUGGAGAUUGUGAAACUGGUUCUGGAAAUGUUGGACUGGAGCAUCCUGGCCAUCUUCUUCCUGGAGAUCCUAUUGAAGUGGUUGGACAACUUCUGGAACUUCUGGAAAAGCACCUGGAAUAUCUUUGAUUUUGCUGUUACCAUGCUGUCUGUUAUACCAGAGAUCGUGAAGGUCUUCAAAGGGGUGGACACUGACCACUUGGAGAUUGUGGCACUCCUAAAGAAGUUCCGUAUCCUCCGCUCCCUGAAAAUUAUCUCUAAAUUCAGGCAGAUCCGCCUUACCGUGUUGGCCAUCUCCAAAGCUUUCAAGGCUAUGAUCUUCAUCUUCUUACUGCUGCUGGUGUUUGCUUAUAUCUUCGCUGUGGUUGGAGUCAUCCUGUUCGAGAGUUACACUCGCUCCAACGUCGAGGGCCUGGUCUACAAUAUGAACUUUAAAGAUAUCUACAACUCCUUCAUCACCCUCUUCAUCCUCUUCACCAUGGAUCACUGGUACGCUCUGCUCGCCGACACCCGCAAAGUUCCAGAACUGGACAAAGGCAUAUGUGGCCUAUACAUCAUCCUCUGGCUCCUCAUAGGCUCCUUCGUAUUCCGCAAUAUCUUCGUGGGUAUUAUGGUGAAUAACUUCCAGGCCAUCCGGAGUGACCUCUCUAAAGAGGUACAGCAGAUUGAGAUCCAGGCCAAAGCUGAUCUCUUUAAAGCUGAGAUCAUAAAGAGGAGGAUAAGUCAUUCGAAAUUUGCCGGGCUGAGCAAAGUGGCAGAGGAUGGUGAAGAGUCAUUUUCCACUGAGGAUCUACUAAAGUUUACAAGAUGUAAUAUUCCAGAAAAAGACUGGGAGUCGUACGUGGAGGAGAACAUGAAGGUGAUGCAGGAGCAAGAGGAGGACGAGAAGGUCACCUGGCCCCGGGAUUCCCUUUUCAGGUACUUUGAGCUGCUGGAGAUGCUCCAGCACAACCUGGACGAGAGGAAGAGGCUGCAGAACUUAGCAGUUCAGGCGUUGCUAAACCUGCACGACUCAUAGGACCCCACAUCGACAUCUAUUCAGAAGAGCCACCAUAUUUUGGA